UCCAGAGGUAUCUGAUGGGUCACUGUGGAUAAGGGAAAGACCAGUGUGCCCUGAGAGGAAGGCAGGAAAAGAGGAGCCCAGACCAGGGAGCUCUUGUCCUCGGCUCCUGAAAAGACCAACAGUCUGAGAAGUUUUAUUAAUAUUCUGUAAUUUGUUUCUUUUAAUAUUCUAAAUAAUAACAACAAUAACAACAACAACAACAGGAUGCUGAACUAGAGUUCAAGGCCUUGGUUGAAAUAUAGUGAUCCGGAGGAAGACCAAGUUAAUUGUACUGUAAAACUUUCUUUCUUAUUGCAAGUCAACUAUAUGUAUUCAAAACAAAUCUUUAUUGUUACGGUCGUUUGACCAGCAAAACACAAAGUGAAAAAGCUUUACGUAAAAGUGAGCUUUACAUAAAAACGAACUUGGUCAAAUAAAAUAAUAAACUGUAUUUAUACAUUUUAUACAGUGAAAUGACGUUGCCAGUUGCCAGUAUAUUGUUCCUUACCAUUAGAGAACUAUGUUAACUCACACACUGUGCUCUUUGAUCUUUAUUAUUGUCUGGUGUCGUAAUUAAACAGCUCUGCCUCAGGGACAACGUGAACCUAAGGAGAAGAACCUUGAACUGUCUGCUUCAUUUUGCAGUGGAGUGCCAAAUGGAAUAUGGUUGAUAUGGAUGCCUAGAGCGUCUGUCCCCUGAGUGAAUCCUCCAGUGCACUGCGCUCAGCACAGAGUGCAUUGUGGGAUUCUCGGAGGCCGGGACGAUGAGGCUUGCUCUUGCCAGCGCUGGUCAUGUGGUCACCUGUGGGAAGCUCUUGCAGGUAUGGCUCUUGCAGGGAUCCUGUCCGAGGCAGAUAUCGCGGCUGGCCUGAAAAGCUGUGAAGCUAAGGAUACCUUCAAUUGCAAGACCUUUUUUGCCAAAGUUGGUCUGAACACCAUAUCUGAUGAGGAGAUAAGAGAAGCAUUUGGAAUUCUUGACAAGAACAAGGAUGGGUUCCUUGAUCGAGAUGAAUUGAAGAAAUUCAUGCAAGAUUUCAGCCCAGAGGCCAGAGAACUGACUGAGAAGGAGGUCACGAGCCUCUUGGAAGCAGUUGACUUUGAUGGAGAUGGCAAAAUUGGAUUCGACGAGUUCAAGGUCUUCGCUAAAAUAUAGUGAUCCAGAGGAAGAUCAAGUUAAUUGUACUGUAAAACUCUCUUUCUUAUUGCAAGUCAACUAUAUGUAUUUAUACAUUAACAGUUGCCAAUAUAUUGUUCCUUACCAUUAGAGAACUAUGUUAACUCACACACUGCGCUCUUUGAUCUUUA